ACAAACACCAUGGUGACAGGGCCAGUGAAAACUCGGGCUAUCUACGUACGUGCAUCUCUAUUUCGUGCAAGAUUUCUCCUGAUUUUUUUUUUUUUUUUUUCGCAUAUAGAGUCUACACUCGAAGAUUAUAUAUUGAAUUCAAUAACAGACGAUUCCAAUAACCUACAGUAUUACAUGCAUGUACAUUGUAUGGUUUGCACAUGUACAAGACAACGCCGACCAUCCAGUCAGGGAAUCCCCGAUCAGGGAUUUCCCUUGUCCGAAUUUUCAGACGAUCUUACUGCGUAGAUAGUCUACAAGGCAACUUUACAUCAGAACCUUCGUAUUAGGAUUCCCGCGCUGUCUGUGGCUAUAGAUGACCAACCGGACAACCGGACAAUCUGUCAAGCAUACAUUGAGACAGUCGAAAGCGUGCAUGACUUCCGGACUGAGUAAAAUGACUUUGAAAGAAAAUCGGGAGUCUUUUAAGGAAACUCUAAAUUCUAACCAAGAGGUUGCUGUGGAGAGUUUAGAACAGAAUGGAUGCACCAACGCAGAAAUCCAGAAAUCAAUACUCAUCUUCAGACGAAAAAAGGGUAAUGAAGACUUUCGUUCGGCAGAUCUAAUGGAAAUUAUUCUUAACCUUAGAGAAGAACAGCAUGUCAGUGAUACAGACGAUGAAAAUGAUGCGAAAGACCACGAGGAGAAUUCUGAACCACGACUCUCCAAGAAUAUUCCGGGAAAGAACAGCUACUUCUGUUUCAAAUGUACUAGACCUGCGUUCGCAGCUAUCAUAUGCGAUGAAUGCAAAGCUUCCGUUAUUGCUAACCAGAGACAGUACAACAACGUGUAGGACAGAUGUUCAAAACCAGUUACUAAAACCCCAGCCUUUCAAAUUCAUCAUGUCAAUUUCUGUCUUUCGGACAUUUGUCAGCUUUUGGAAGUUAGCUUAUAGAACAAACUCGAAAGUAGUUUUCCUUCUUAUACAGUUUGUCAACAGCACACACGUGCAUGUGCUCACCCAAGUAAUAAUUUCUCCUGUAAUACUUUUCAAAUGAUUGGGGUUGUACCUAUAUGAAAUUGUUUCAACUUAUGAGAUUGUUCAACAAAAUAUAUUUUAGUUACAGAAUCUAAUUCUCAUAGGUACUUUGUAAAUGAAUUGAGAAACCGAAGGCAGUAGAAAAUUAGCAAAGUUUAAUUUUAAAUACGUAAUGAAAUUCAAGCAUAUAUCAGUUUAAAUCUAGGGGUUAUAAUGUCAAAAAUACUAAUGCUGCGUUUGGAUAGUGACUUGUGUAGAGUGAACAAAGUGUAUGUCAGUUUGGAACAAUAACUAAACAAAUUAUUGGAUGUUUUAUUAUACACGUUCUUUCAUGACAGUACCCAUUUCUACAAAAGGUAAUGUGUGAUUUUACGACAAAAAAUACAAAAUAAUGUUACCUUUUCCGAUUUUUUUUAUAUAAUUUUUACAUCAGAAAGACACUUUUGAACAGAUGUUUAAUGUCAUGAAGAAUAUUAUAAUAUGUAAUGUCGAUGCUGUACUGAUUUUCGGACAUUUCUAGACAGGAAGAAUAAAAAGCGUUAAAUUUAUAUAUAUUAGAACGCCGAUGUGGCGCAGCAUAUCAUCUAAUAGACGACUUCCACAAUGAUCAUGUCAGAAUAUCAGGCCGACUAUCACUAUACGCCAUUGAAAAGUUCUUUUUUAUGAACGCCGAUGUGGCGCAGCGGCUUAAGCUGCGGGUAUUUCUGGCUAGGCGAUUGGGUGCCGUAGAUCGUGAGUUCGAGGCCCGGUCAGUGCACGAGACAUAAAGUUGUCUUCCUUCGUCAAUUGCGUUACUAUGUUAUAUAUCAAAUAGUUAGCACAAUAUAUCAUAUGCACUAUGUGUUGGUGAUCCGAAGAUAAAGAUUUGAAUUUCCUGUCGUAUUUGUACUCGAUGAAUAUUUGAUAUAUAUUUUCAUAGAUAACUCGAUGAAUAUUUGAUAUAUAUUUUUAUAUUUAUGCGAUUAUAAUAUCUACAAAAUACUUGUUUCACCAUCGAAAUCAUCUUCACAGAUAAAGGAUUUAAAAUGUAAGUGAAAGCUGUGAUUUUAUCCCCCUGGUUUAGAUUUUACUAGGAAGGAUCCGCCAGAGAAAAGCACUUAUGCUAUAAUAAACGUAGCAAAUUUAAAGAGCCAACAUACACAGUUUACAAAAAUGCAUAUCUUUAUAUAUAUUUAAUGCGGUUCGGUGUGUUCCAUGUGUUAUUGUUUUCCUAUAGUCAUGAUUUAUUCAUAACAUAAAGAACGGUAGAAUUGUUAAAUGCCGAAAAUCAGUAGAAACAUGUCAUUUACGUUUUGUUCCAAAUAGAAAUGCACUGUGAAUAUAGAUCGGUAAAGAAUUUUCAAGUAGUAAUAACGACGGUACAGUGCCUUGAGUUUUCCUACUUGAUUCAACUUUUCCAUAUCAUAGUUCUUUGAUUUUCCUAUAUUAAUUUGCUAAAAUAGCUCUGGAAAAUCCUGUAUACAGCAGGUCCUCAAGCAGGCUGGGAAAUGUAUCGUUAAUACAGAGGAUUAUAUAUUAGAUACAAAGAAAUGAUCGAUAACAGAUCACAAUAUGAUAUAUGCGGCCUAAUAAAAGCUUUUAACAAUAAAAACUAUAUUAACCUCA